AUAAAAAAAGCAGAACAAUCUGACAAAUUAAAUUCACGCGAUAUUCAACUUUAUCAUCUUCUAACAAAAGUUCGAAAUAACACAAUUUAAAGUUAACAAACAAAGUACGUGCCUAUACAUGAUGUAUCACGUAUACAUACAACAAGUAAAUUAUUUACGUGAGCAUCUGGUGAAAUAAAAUAUUAUUUAGCUUUGGCCUUGUAUACCACGUAAUUGUUCAAAUACUGUAUUGGUUCGAAAAUGAGUUACAUCAGUGACUUAUCGCAAUCUGCCGAAUAUUUAAGUUUUAGGAGCAGUAUUCCACUGAGGAAAGUUGUGGUUGACUCAGACGGUUCGAAGGCAUGGAAAAUCUUCGAUUCAGGUCCUAAAUCUGUCAACUGUCCUCUAAUAUGUCUUCCUCCAGUAUCAGGCACAGCAGAUAUAUUUUUCAAACAAGUCAUGGGCCUGGCAUGCAGAGGGGUCCGUGUAAUAUCAGCAGAGUCACCUCCAUAUUGGAAUAUGAAAGAAUGGUGUGAUGGGUUCAAACGGUUAAUUGAUUACCUUGAGUUGGAUAAGGUGCAUAUUUUUGGAGCAUCUUUAGGCGGUUUCAUAGCGCAAAAAAUCACAGAGUUGACAAUAAACUGUCCACGUGUUGUAUCUCUAAUAUUGUGCAAUACAUUCACUGAUACAACUGUAUUUGAAUAUCAAGAUUCGGCUGCCUUAUUCUGGUUAUUGCCUUCAUUAGUACUGAAACGCAUGCUCAUGGGUAACUUUACCACAGAUAAAGUUGACAGGAGAAUAGCUGAAUCAAUUGACUUUAUGGUUGAGAGAUUGGAAUCACUCAACCAAUCAGAUCUGGCUUCAAGACUGACAUUGAACUGUACUCCAUGCUAUGUUCAACCACAAGCGUUACUCAAUAUUCCGAUAACAAUAUUAGAUGUAUGGGACGACAGUGCCUUAAGUUCAAAUGUUAGAGAAGACAUGUACAAGUCGUAUCCCCAUGCUAAGUUGGCACACUUGAAGAGUGGCGGGAAUUUCCCGUAUUUGAGUAGAAGUGAUGAAGUUAAUCUACAUUUAUUAAUUCAUCUACGUCAAUUUGACGGUACUGAACAAUCUCCAUCCUACACCAGUCUUCACAAAACUCCUGCUCCGUCGAACAACCAGCCUGAAGAAGGAACUGUCAGUUAUUUCAAUCAACAAGAGAAGUUCGUCAAGAUUUCUUGAACAACUUGAUUAUAAUUUUGCAAUAAUAUAAUUAUAAUUGACUUUAUCUAUAUUUAUUGUUCUUAUAAAAGGUGUUACAAAAGGGCUAUAUAAAAUAUUUCAGCCGGUGAUCGUGCUUAUGAUUGCAAACAGCAAAACUAUAAUUUUAUAUUAGCAAUCGGUAUCCAACAUUCGUUAAAAUUUGUCGUCGUUAAUAGCCCUAAAAUAUGAUCACACCUGUGUUAUACCCUAUAAAAGCAAUACUAUAACAACUAUAAAGGCAAUAACAGACAAAAGUACCAAUAACACGUAACUAAACCUCUAGGACCAAUGGUCUGGAAUUCUGACUGUAGACAAUGAUGUCGAAUAUCGAGGCUAGCGCUAGUUUAAUGGCUCAAUAUUAUGUUAUUCUUUCACGAUAUGCAUUUAAUGCUGUGUCCUGUGUUCACACUUAAAGAAAGAAAAGAAGAACGGGAUUUGUCAAACCCGCUUUGGGCCCACAAACCGGUGGACGCGGUUAUGAGUUAGAAAUGGUCGUGAUAUUGACUUAUUGAAUCGAUAUGUCUAAUGCAGCAGACGAUUUAAGUAGUUUAUAACAAUAUUAUAAGAUUUGAUAUUAGAAAAUUACAGGGUGGAGUUGAUAUAUUCUUAUUUUGCCUUAGAAUAGUAUUUAACAUUUGGA